GGCCGCCUUGCCAUCGCGUCUGAGCUGGGAGACGCGAGCCGCGGCUGUCUCCUCUUGGGCCUCGCGCGGGCGGCUGGGCCGCGCAUGCGCCACCCAGAGGCGGGGACGGUGCGUCGUCGCGGGGAGGGGCGGAGCGCAUGCGCGUUGGGGCCCCCGGAGGGGCGAAGGCCGCGGAGGAAAGCGAGUGCGGCUGCGCCGCCUGCCGGAGGCGCAUGCGCAGGCGGAGCCCGUGAGGGGCGGGUGCGGCAGUUGAGCGAGUUAGCGGCGCGCGGGGGGAGGGAGGCGGCCGGAUCCGGAGCGCGGCCGCCCGCCCCCAUGCAGGAGAUGAUCGAGAUGGCGGCUGACAAGGAGACGUUCCUGGUCCCGGCCCCGCCGCCGCCCCUCAAGCCCCCGCCCGCGACGGGGGGCGGAGCGGGGGGAGGGGGCGGCCCCCUGGUGCAGCUGCACCAGGAGGCCGCCUCGACUGAACUGCACGAGGAGGCCGCCUUGGCCAAUCAGCGUCGGGAAGGGGGCGGGCCGCCGCGCGGGGAAGGCGGCAGGCGCGGAGGCGGCCCCCUCGUGCAGCUGCACGAGGAGGCCGCCCCGCUGGGCCAGCGCCGGGGCGGAAGCGGCCCCCCGGGGCGGCCGCACCAGGAGGCCGCCCUGCACCAGGGGGCCGGCCCCAAGGAGGAAGACAGCGUGGGCGAGAUGCAGCGGCCUCGCAAUGGCUUCCAGACCCACCGGCCGGCCGGGGGCAAGCGGCGGAACAGCUGCAACGUGGGCUUCAAGCACCCGGCCUCCAAGCGCCGGCGCCGGGUCAACUCCGAGUGCGACCCGGUGCUGCCCUCCGAGUUCCUGCUGGGGGGCAACAUCUUCGACCCCCUCAACCUCAACAGCCUCCUGGACGAGGAGGUGAACCAGGCCCUCAAUGCUGAGACCCCCAAGUCGUCGCCGCUGCCGGCCAAGGGCCGGGACCCGGUGGAGAUCCUCAUCCCCAAGGACAUCACGGACCCGCUCAGCCUCAACGCCCAGGACGGCGACGCGGCCCUGGUGCUGGCCUCGCCCUUCAAGACGGGCCGCAAGCGCCACCGCCACCGGGGGCAGCAGCGGGGCAGCGGUGGCGGGGCCGGGGACUGUAAGCCAGCUGCCUGCAAAGCCUGUGACGCUGCCUGCCCCACCCCACAGCCCUACGAACUCAACACGGCCAUCAACUGCAGGGACGAGGUGGUCUCCCCGCUGCUUCCCCUGGCCGUCGAGGGUGCGGGCUGCGUCACACCCUCUUGCGCCGCCUCCUCCAGCAGCCGCCACCACCGCAAAAGGCGCCGGACUUGCAGCAAAUCGGAGGCGGCCGGGGGGGCCAAGCUGCCGCCGCCUCCCCCCACCCCAGGUGGGAGCAAAGGCGGGGGCCAGCCGGGCAAGAGUAGCCCGGAAAAGGGCAAAGGGGCCGGGCGGCACCAACAGUUGCCCACGGCCAAGCGGAGGCGUCAACAGAGGAAGUUCCAAUACGGCAACUACUGCAAAUACUACGGCUACCGGAACCCUAACUGCGAGGACGCCCGGCUGCGUGUCAUGAAACCUGAGUGGUUCCAGGGCAAAGAGGUGCUGGACCUUGGCUGCAACGUGGGGCACCUUACCCUGAGCGUGGCCAAGAAGUGGAAACCCGCCCGGGUGGUGGGGCUGGACAUAGACGGGGCCCUGAUCCACUCGGCCCGCCAGAACAUCCGCCACUACCUGUCCGAGGAGAUCCAGCAGCGGCAGGAGGACGAUGAGGAGGCGCCGGAGGGAGCUGGCUCCAAAAGGCGGAGGGGCUGCUUCCCCGCCUCGCUGGCAGCCAGCAGGGGGCCCAUUGCUGCCCCCCGGGUGCCCCAGGACGGGGCCGGUGCCGCCGACUUCCCCGACAACGUGAUCUUUGUGCGGGGGAACUACGUGCUGGACCGGGACGAGCUGCUGGAGACGCAGGGCGCCGAGUUCGACAUGGUGCUGUGCCUCAGCCUCACCAAGUGGGUGCACCUCAACUGGGGGGACGACGGGCUGAAGCGGCUCUUCAAGCGCAUCUUCCGCCACCUGCGGCCUGGCGGCCUCCUGCUGCUGGAGCCCCAGCCCUGGUCCUCCUAUGGCAAGCGCAAGAACCUGACGGAAACCAUCUACAGAAACUACUACCGCAUCAAGCUGAAACCGGAGCAGUUCCCCUCCUACCUGACCUCCCCGGAGGUGGGCUUCUCCAGCUGCGAGCUGGUGGCCAGGCCCUACAACAGCUCCAGAGGCUUCCAGCGCCCCAUCUAUCUCCUUCACAAAGGCCACCCUGCCACCCACUGAGGGAGAAGCAGCCGACGCUCGGGCCCGGAGCCCGCCCGUUUUUUUCUUUGCAUUGGAGGACAGUUGGGCUGAGCCCGUCGGACUGGGGGCGGGCAGGACUGGCCGCCGGGUGCCCCCCCAGCCCCAGGUGCCUGCGGGCAGACGGCCCGGCCCAGCCUGGCCCGCAGGGUUUGCGCUCAGCGAAUCUGCCGCGUGAGAGGGGCUGCCCCCUGCUGGACACUGCUUCGCGCUGCAGCCUGGAGGAGAUCUGCAUGGGGGGGUGCUACAGCUGCCGUGUGCUGAAUACACAGCACCCCCACUGUCUCCAGUCGGAGCUUGUACAGCUGUCGGGGGGGGGGGGGGGGCAGCUGUACAAGCCUCCCCCCCUCAAACAGCUCAUCUCUCUGCAGCAAGGAGGGGAGGGGCCCUUUGCAUCUGUUGUUAGAGGGGGGAGACCAACCAAGGCAGCAGCUGCCUCAGUUUCCCUUCUGCUGUCAAAGGGGGGGCAGCGCUGCCCUGCUUUCCGGGG